AUGCGUUACACCUGGACAUUCGCAUCGAGUGUUUUGCUGGACGUGCCGCCAUCUUGGACGGCGAGCCAUGGCAAGUCGAUUAUCUUGAGGCCAUUCCCGAUCCCCUUGACUUUACCAAACCACCCAGGCGUGUCCUUCAUCUCAAGCGAUGGGCCGAAAAAGGCCGGAUUCGGAAAGUCAUUGAAGAACCAGACAAUCUUCGGGCAAUCUUUCCAGGCUCGAGGAAAACAUACAUUAGGCCCGAUUAAGCAUGGCAUUGUACGUAUGAUCCCAAUCGCAUCUCGGCAGAGAAUUCACAACCCAUUACUUCCUGGGGCAACUUUCGAAGCUCGGUUACGAGGCCGUGAGCUUUACGGUCUGUUCCAGAUCGAGGUGAAGAAAGAUGGCCAACUGGUAGCCAAGCACACUCUAGACGGAUUGUGUCUCAUCAAAUUCGCUAUUGAGCCCCAUGAGAUCGCGCCGUCAUAUGUAAGGGUCAAUUGUCCCGACUUUGGGGGUUGCUUCGACAUCGACGCUUUUCUUUACUGCGAGGAUAAGCUUCGAUGUCGGGCUACCAGUGUCAAGGCCAUCAAAGCGAUGAGAUUGACCACAAGCGAUCGCGAUGCCAUGUUUGGUACGCUACAACGAGGUCCAGUACCACUUCUCACCAACGGUUUGGACCAUCUUGUCGUCUUCGAGAAGUUCAUACGAGAGUGCACAGUCCCUUGUUCAAAGGCCCCUCAGCAACGGCGAUUGACAAUAUUGAAUCUCUCAAUGUGCGAUCAAGGCGAUGCCAAGAUUGUAGUCGACGCGUUGGUUGACUUUCGAAAGCACAAUUCCGAUGCAAUCAUGUCUGUCGUGAUAUCGAAAUUGGGACCCACGAUUUAUCAGGAUACGCCAGCGUGCAGGGAGUAUGUUAAGCUGCUUACGCGCAAUGGAAUUCACAUUGACAUGUUUACUGGCGUUGAUGGUCCAACGCGUCAAGUCGUGCACGCUAAAGCAAUAGUCAUCGACGACAGGACGCUCUUCAGCACUGGUGCCAUUGUCGAUACCAAACUAAUUGAUAAGGCCGACUUUUCCAUCGAGCUUCCGCCCACGGCAGCCAAAGCCUUUCAGAUCUACAUGCAAGAAGCCAUCCUCGGUGGCGUAAGCAAUGAGCGUCGCGCGCAUCUGGGCUCACAACUCGCCAGUCUGGGCGUCAUAAUCAACGAUCCCAUCGCGAGCUUGACCUAUAUCAGUCGCGCGCAACAUACAUUACUUCGCGGUGCUCGUCGCGAUCUUGUCGUCAGUGUCUCAGAACUCGUUGACCCGAAAAUCGCGAAACUCUUGGUGAGACGGGCAGCCAACGGCGUGACGGUAGCGAUACAGGUCCGUGAAAUAGACGCGGUCUCAUCGAGAAUUCUUGCGCAAGCGACGCGACGCUAUGGCAAGCGGCUGUCGGUGGAAGAUGUCAGCUGGUGGGAACCGCGACCGCACUAUAACGCGAUCAUCGCAGACGAUAGUCUAGCGUAUCUGGGCACAUCGUUCUUCUGGCCAACACAAAGAAACAUGAUUCAUCAAGGGCGAUCGCUUGAAAAUGGUGUUUUGCUUGAGGGGGAGGCUGUGAAGGUUUUGAGGGAGCAACUGGGUCAAUUGCGCAAUCGUGCGCAUAAUGAUAGUGACAAAAGCGACAGCGAUGCAGUGUAG